AAGUCAAACUAACAAACAUAGUUGAAACAACACGCUCAAUUAAAUCAGGAAACUGCGGUUGUUGGGUUCACCAUAAAUGACGUCCGUCAUGAAAAGGAGGCGGUUUGCCAAUGACGUACAUAGAUACACUAGUCUAUCUAAUGAUAUUGCAUUGCAGCAAGUUUAUAUUUUCAUACGUGCAGCUCGACUCGAUCAGAGGACAACUACUAUGAAGGUCUCAUUUGCUCUGGUAGUAUGGCUUGCUUUAACAGCUGUUAUGGUGAAUCGUGCUCAAAGUGAAACCGUAUGCUCUGAACGUACAGACAGCAAGGCGGUCAUUGUCGGUACUUUACCUCAGACGUGUGAUGCGUCGAAUGGUGGCAACCUGUACUAUUCGCCGUCCAGCGGACGUCUCACUCUGUGCGAUGGUUCUCUGUGGAUCCACUUCGGACCGUCGGUGAAGGCUGAGCUCGGCAGCUACAACAAUCCCAUCGCCUCAUGCUCUGUUCUACGGGGAAAGACCGCACAAAGUGGAACUUACUGGAUGAAACCACCGACAAGCAAACACUCCAAACCAUUUCAGAUCUAUUGUGAUUUCGAUUUGCGUCCCAAUGGUUGUGCUCUCGUGUGGAAACAUUCUUACUAUCAGGUCACACCAAACAACAACAUGCGCACGUUCAGUACAUUCAACAAGCCAUGCAUUGAUCUCUCUGAUGGUUGGUGUAAUGUAGCCAAUAAGAACACAAUAGAAGGAUCAGAGCAAGUGACAGCAGCCUAUCAUCACGGAACUAUCGUCUAUGCCUACAGAGGUGAUCGCAACCAUCAACUGGGGAAGUCAUCGCAAUGGCAAGGUGCUAUUCUCAACAAUCCAAUCAAAAUAACAGACCACUGUACAAGCAGCGACGGCAUCGCACCGGAGCCAGAUAUUGGAGGCCACGCCAUACCAGGAAUAACGUUUGACAAGGCAAAUCCGGGAGAAUAUACAAAGAACUGUGACACUGACCGCUAUGCAUCAGGUAGUGACUGCCGUUGGCAAAAUUGCCAUCUACCGACUCAUAUUUCAAAGACUAAUACCCUCGUGCAAAUGACGGUUGCCAUUUACGUUUGUUGAUUGACGAUCAGAACUUGUUGCAAACAAUUACGUCAUGAAACUAGGACAAAGAUCGCGCAUAACAUUACUAAUUUAGUGAGCUGCAGCUGCGCGGUAGAGUAGCACGCUGGUAAAUUUAAAUUAGAUGUCGUUUGAUAUUGA